GUCACAGCUCUGCCGGACUUUUAUUUUGACUAGUUGCCGGGUGUAACGCCGUUGGAUUCUGGGACUACAGUUCUGCGAUGUGAUUGGCUCCUCAGCGGAGCUCCGGGGUUCUGCAGCUGGAGGUAUUUAGUUUAGAAACACAGCAGCAGACUGUUGGAGGUUAAGGUGGAUUCAGGGUUGUUUAUUGUAUUGGAUCAGAUCAAGUAACAGAGUCAUUGUAAUGUAUUGAUUGGACAUGUUCUAAUAGUUUCAGCGCUUUGGACAGAUGUUUGCUGUGGUUUAAAAUGAAGACUGUAUUCUCUGUAGGUGAAUAUGGAAGGGUGGUUAGAGUUUCCCCCGGUCUCCAGUAAAGUGGAGCAGCAGAAGAUCCAGCUCUGAUCAGCAGCUCCACACCUCUGUACUCAGACUGCUCUGCUGGAGGAACACCAUCAGCUCACCUGCUGCAGAACUGAAUGCUGAGCUAUUCCAAGUCUUCUCAUGGUGCUGAUGUCAACAUUCCUACCUGGAUGAAGUUUAGAUGUACAAAUACAGUCAAAGAAAUACAGUCACAGAGUAUUCACAAGGUAUUAAGCUGCUGAACAAAAGGGAGAAUGGCAUCCAGAGAAAGUAUUCAGCAAACACUCUAUCCAAUAUCUCACAGGAAAAUGCAGAAAAGUACAGUCAAGAAGGAAACUCACCACCGUUCAGACUGUGGGGAGAGUUUCACUGCAGAGAAUAAUCUUAAAAUACACCAGCGCAUUCAUACUGCAGAGAAACCAUUUCACUGCACAGACUGUGGGGAGAGUUAUACUGCAGAGAGUGAUCUCAAAACACACCAGUGCAUUCACACUGAAAAGAAACCGUUUCACAGAUCAAACUGUGAGGAGAGUUUUACUGGAGAAAGUGACCUUAAAACACAUCAGUGCGUUAAAACUGAAGAGAAACCAUAUCGGUGUUCAGACUGUGGAGAGAAUUUUAAUGCAGAGAAUGAUCCUAAAACACUCCUGUGUAUUCACACUGAAGAGAAACCAAUUCAUAGGUCAGACUGUGCGGAGAGAUGUACUGCAGAGAAUGAUUUUAAAACGCACCAGCACAUUCACACUGAAGAGAAACUGUUUCAGUGCUCAGACUGUGGGGAGAGAUUUUCUGCAGAAAGUGAUCUCAAAACACACCAGCGCAUUCACACUGAAGAGAAACCACAUCAGUGUUCAGACUGUGGGAAGAGUUUUAAUCAACAGAGCAAUCUCCAGCGACACCAGCUAAUUCACUCUGGAGAGAAACCGUAUCAGUGUUCAGACUGUGGAAGGAGUUUUAAUCAACAGAGUAAUCUCACAACACACCAGCUCAUUCACUCUGGAGGGAAACCGUUUCAUUGCUCAAAGUGUAGGAGGAGUUUUACUAAACAGAGUCAUCUCCAAGAACACCAGCGCAUUCACACUGAAGAGAAACCCUAUCAGUGUUCAGAGUGUGGGAAGAGUUUUAAUAAUCAGAGUUAUUUUCAACAACACCAGCGCAUUCACACUGGGGAGAAACUGUUUAACUGCUCAGAAUGUGGGAUGAAUUUUAAUCGACAGAGCAGUCUCCAGCGACACAAGCGCAUUCACACUGGAGAGAAACCAUAUCAGUGCUCAGACUGUGGGAUGAAUUUUAAUAAUAAGAUUACUCUCCAGCGACACCAACGCAUUCACACUGGAGAGAAACCAUAUCACUGCUCAGAAUGUGGGAUGAACUUUAAUCAGCAGAUAACUCUCCAGCGACACCAGCGCAUUCACACUGGAGAAAAACCCUAUCAGUGCUCAGAAUGUGGGAUGAAUUUUAAUCAGCAGAGUAGUCUCCAGCAGCAUCAGCGCAUUCACACUGGAGAGAAACCAUAUCAGUGUUUAGAGUGUGGGAAGAGCUUUAUUAAUCAGAGUAAUUUCAAAACACAUCUGCGCAUUCACACUGGAGAGAAACCGUAUCACUGCUCAGACUGUGCAGAGAGCUUCAGGUAUUCACAAUCAUAUAGGAAACACAAGUGCAUUAAGAGCGGUCUUGCAAAUGGACAAGAACACUAAAAAUAUUUUGGAUCCCAACCCAGAUCUAUUGGUAACUUGUGUAUAGGAGUAAAACAGUUACUUUUAAUAGUUUCUGAAAUAUACCCAUUAAAAUAUACCGUUCAAAGUCCAGCUUACAGCCCAUUACAGGUGUUAAGGGCCACUUAUAAUCUGUUAUCUGUACAGAUCACAGCUCACAGUUCAGAAAGCAUGUGAAUCAUGGAUCAACAGGCAGAAAAGCUGAUGUGUGUAAUGUUAAUGAAGCAUUUUCAGAGCAGUUAACAGUGACCGUGUUGUACCUCUCAUUUAAAAUAAACUACGUCAAAUUUCAGUUCAUAUAAAUUUAAAUGAAUUAGUUCAAUGUUCAGUUCAUAUUCAUUUGAAUGAAUUUCAGUUCAUAGUUCAUUAAAAAAAUUAAGUUCACAGUUUCAAAAAUGAUUUAGAUAAUUUAAUUCGCAUUUAUUUGUUUUUUUCCAUAAUAAAUUAUCUUCUUAUUAUCUUUUUUCAAUAGAACUCCUUUCUACCAAUCUAUUGCCAGCCCAAAAUCAUUGCACAUACUUCCAAAACAAGUAUAUUAUCAUAUACCAUGCUGAGUUGUAUACUGAAAUUUGUACUCAAUUUCUUAACACAGUACUAUAUCAAAUAUUUCAGCAGCCUGCAGUAAUUUUCUGAUGUGGGAGAUGUGGCUUCAGUUGUGAGGGAGUGAACAAUGUUCACAUUCAUUAUUUGUAAACUGAGUCGUUCAGUUCAGCGAUCACAAAAAAACUAAUUCAUGCUUAACACUGGCAACAGUGAGGCUGCCAGAGUGUAAAAAGUAAAUGAAAACCUCCUGCAUCUUUAAAAAAAAAAAAAGCAUAUGGGAGCGUUUUGGCUUCCCUGUAAAAUACACAGACAAAAUUACUACAAUAUGUGGCACUGCAGCAUGAGCAUGAUGUAUAACCAUGGCAACAUGUCCAACAUCGUAGCACGUUAAAGCUUCAUCACUCUGUUUCAGAAAUAAAACUGGAAGCCAAACACACAACUUUAUAAACAAAGAUUGUGCCAAAUGAACAGUGAACAGUAAAAAAUGUAAAUUAUCUAAAUUCUGUUGCUAACCACAGAUGGGUGAACUGCAAGGCUGCUCACAACAAAGUGAGAAAGGCGGAGUGCGGUGCUACAGACACGAACCACUGCAGCUACUAAUUUUUAGUGAAUGCUUCACUUAUUUGUCUGUUGAAAGUGACAGUUCUUAAUGUAUUAUAUAUAAAACAAAUACUCCUGCCUUCUUAAAAACAUUUUUGGGCUGUUCAAAAUGUUCUUUGCAAAAAAAUGAUUUUGUAUUGGCUCAUUAGUGAAACUAAAGUAUCUAUGUUAUUGUUGUAUUUAUCAGCUUUCUAUGGACUCUGUGCUGACAUGUGCGUUGGAUACCGUCUGUUCUGUAUGUUUGCAUAGAACAUAGUGUUAUUAGCAUGUCUAAUAGUAAUUUGUAAUGUGUUGAAGUUCAUAUGCAUGCUUGGUGUAUUAUUUGUGGUUUAUCAAAGUUUCAAUAAACCAUUAAAAGAUA